AUGUCCUUUCCAUUGAAGAAUAUCACCAUCGUCGGGGCCAGCGGAUCUGUCGGCCAGAUCCUCCUGGCAGCCCUCUUGGAGGCAUCCGACUUCAAUAUCACGGUCCUCACCCGUUCCACCAGCACCGCAAGUUUCCCCGGCAGUGUCACAGUCCGCAAAUCCGACUUCUCGUUCGCUGACCUGCACGGAGCCCUAACCGGCCAAGAUGCGGUGAUUUCUGCCGUCGGCGCGACAGCGUUUGUUGAGCAGAAGAAGCUCAUUGAUGCUGCUGUUGCUGCUGGGGUGUCCAGGUUCAUUCCCUCUGAGUUCUCUGCUGAGAGUCAAAACGAUACGGUGCUUGGGUUGCUUCCGCUAUUCCGGCAGAAGAAGGAGGUGAUUGAUUACUUGAAGACAAAGAAGAAGGAUCUCAGUUGGACGGGCAUUGCAUGUUCCGGGUUGUUUGAUUGGGGAGUUGCAAACGGCUUCCUAGGCUACGACAUUGGCUCGCGCACCGCGACAAUCUGGGACGACGGCAACAAGAGGUUCACCUUCACGAACCAGGCGCAGCUCGGACGCGCUCUGGUCUCCGUCCUCAGACGUCCAGGGGCUACGGCCAAUCGGUAUCUAUACAUCGCUUCCGUCGAAACCUCGCAGAAUGAGAUUCUUGCUGCCCUUGAGAGAGCGACCGAGUCUUCCUGGACGGUCCAGCGUACGACCACGGAUGUGGAAGUUAAGGAUGCCACUAUGAAGCUCCAAAAGGGUGAUUUUAGUGGUGCCUUGACGCUUGUGAGAGCCACGGUGUACGGUGAUAUCCCGGGAUUGGGAAGCAACUACGCAAAGGACAGGGACUUAGCAAAUGGGCUGUUGGGCUUGGGGGAGGAGAGUGUUGAAGGGACGAUCCAGAGGGUUGUUGGCGAGGCCAACAAGCAGUGA